GUUUUGAUGCGAGUGGGCGGACAGGACUUUUCCUGGCGUCCACGCCUCAUGCUGCUCGAGUCAGACUGCACAAAAAAGUGAAGUCAGCAGUCCAAGAACUUACUCAUCUUGAGCGGACUGACUGUACGACUCCACGCAAUCUUAAAAGAAGAUACAUAUGUUGUAUUUUUGAGAAACAUUUGAUGGCAGUGACACAAAACAAAAGACCUGCAGCGUGCAAGAAUGAAAAGAAGAUGUGCUGUCUUACACUGGUUAAGAUGCAAGUUCUAUGUGUUUGUUGUGUCAUUGUUUGUCGUGCUGAAGCUGGUGUACAUCAAGAUUUCAAUGGACAACAGUAUUUACAUCGAGCCCUAUGGAGCUACACAUAGAUCACUCAGAGCUCAGCCUCUGAAUGGUAUUAACUGCACAGCCAUUUAUGAACUGGAACCGGCGGAAAUUGGCAAGUCAUUGGAGUUAAGACGCAAAAACAUUUUGGAAGUCGAUGAUGGGAAUAUUGUUUCUUUCACUGCAGACUGCAAAAACUACAUCGAACAAAGGGGUUAUAAUGAGGUCAUUGUAACAGAUGAGGAAUGCAGCUUUCCAAUUGCAUACUCUUUAGUGGUGCACAAGAACAGCGCUAUGGUGGAAAGGAUUCUUCGAGCCAUCUACACACCUCACAAUAUUUACUGCAUUCAUUAUGACCAAAAGUCCUCAAAACAAUUUAUUGCAGCAAUGAAGAACUUGGAAAAAUGUUUUCCAAAUGUCUUCAUAGCCUCUAAAAUUGAGUCAGUUCAGUAUGCACAUAUUACCAGACUUAAUGCAGAUCUCAACUGCCUUUCAGACCUUUUGAGUUCAGAGGUCAAAUGGAAGUAUGUUAUCAAUUUGUGUGGCCAAGACUUUCCGCUCAAGUCCAAUUAUGAGCUGGUAACUGAGCUCAGUAAACUGAACGGUGCAAACAUGCUCGAAUCAAGCAGGCCCAGCAAAAUGAAAAAAAAGCGAUUUCAGUUUCGGUAUGAAUUGAAAGACGUGUCAUAUGAAUACCAUAAAAUGCCAGUUAAGACAGACAUUGCUAAAGACCCACCACCACAUGGCAUUGAGAUGUUUGUUGGGAGUGCUUACUUUGUCUUGACACGUGAUUUUGUGUCAUAUAUUAUGACCAAUCAACUGGCAAAGGAUUUUCUGCAGUGGACAGCUGACACAUAUUCUCCUGAUGAGCACUUUUGGGCAACGAUGACCAGAGUGCCUGGAGUUCCUGGAGAGAUCGGGAGAUCUGAGCCUGAUGUUACAGACCUGAAGAGUAGGACACGUUUGGUUAAAUGGAACUAUCUUGAAGGCCGUUUGUAUCCACAGUGCACCGGCACACACAGACGCAGUGUCUGCAUCUAUGGUGCGGCGGAGCUCCGUUGGCUUCUGGAGGACGGCCACUGGUUUGCAAACAAGUUUGAUCCCAAAGUUGACCCUGUUGUUAUUAAAUGUCUUGAAGAGAAACUUGAGGAGAAGCAGCAUCAACAAUGCCUGAAAAGAGUGUCUUAAAAUGAAGGCCGAACUUUUUGGACCGUGCUUUGGUGUAAAUAUGUAUGUUUGCUAAAUAGUCAUCUUAAAACAAUGCCUGUAUCAAUGCCAGGGAUAUGCUGUGUCAUUUUAAAAUUAUUUAUAUAAUAACCGACAAUCUCUUCUGUACAUUCAAUAUUGACCGAGUCUUUCUCCUUCUCUUAUUGUUACAGUGAAACAGUCACACCUGUGUACUCAAAGGACACAGUAUAUUUGCUGUCUGUCAAUGAUGUAAAUAUUAAACAAUAGUUUCUUACGGUCUUCAAA